AUGAAUUUUUUCUGGAUACUUUUACAAUUAUUGAUAGCUGUAUCCAUAUUAUCAAUUUUAAAUUUAACUGUGAAUGUUCCAGUCACUUUAUUUUCUUUGUUAACAACUGAAUUUGUGAAAUCGGAAGUAUUUGUUAUUAGUUCUUAUGUAAUUGAUUUUUGUAACUAUGCGAUUCUAUUCGCUAAUUUAGUGAUUGCAAUACAACGAGGAACUGUAUUUUUAUUUCCUCAAAGAUAUGAUUUGUUGUUUAAAACGUGAGUGAUAUAACAAAGUGAUAUCAUAAUACAUAAUUUAUAUCUUGAUCUUCUCUCUUUCUCAGAUCAAUUAUGGUUAUUUGGAUAUCUCUGAUUUGGGCAAUCCCUAUGAUUAUAGUUUGCUUCAUGUAUUAUAAUGAAUGCAGCUACGAAUAUAUUACAAAGUUAUCACAUUAUUCAUUACGUUGUGCAAAUUCUACGAGAAAUCCCAAAAUUAUAUCAUUUGUAGGUGCUUCAUUUUACUCAUUUUUAAAAGUUAAAAUAAUGUUUAUAGUUUGAAAUCCUUAUCCAAAUUCUGGUCCCACUUAUCAAUCUAACAAUUUAUGUUUUAAUUAUUAUUAAAAUAUUCGUUGCAAAACAAUCAAAUAUCAACAAGAAAGAAAUGAGUGUUUUAAAACAAGCAAUCACCAUUUUCAUGAUCUUCCAGGUUUUGUUUGUUUAGAAAAAUAAAUCGUAGAUUUUAUCGAAUUGUAAAUUUCCAGAUAUCUUCUACACUUUUUUAUAUGUGUCUAAAUAUAUCUUUCAAUUUAGAGAUGGCAUUUGUCUUCAAAAGACUUCUUAACGCGGUAAUUCAUCUUUUUGUUACACCGCAAAACGUUUUCCAGAUUUUACUGAUUGCUGGAACUGCCACUCCAUGCUAUUUCUUUUUCACAUCUCCUGAUAUCAAAAAAUUAUUCACGAAAAAAGUCUCGGUUCAUAGUUCAAACAUGUUUAAUUCGAGAAGAAUUUCAGUUCGAGCAUCACACUGA